AUGGCAACUGCUCAGAAGCAAAGGAAUUGUGUGAGUGCAGUUGUAUUUCCUAACAAAAUAUCUACUGAACAGCAAUCCCUGAUGCUAGUGAAGAGGCUCCUGGCAGUAGCAGUAUCCUGCAUUACAUAUCUGAGAGGAAUUUUUCCUGAAAGUGCCUAUGGAACAAGAUACAUGGAUGAUGUCUGUGUCAAAAUUCUGAGGGAAGACAAGAACUGUCCUGGCUCUACUCAGCUGGUGAAAUGGAUGUUAGGAUGCUAUGAUGCCUUGCAGAAGAAAUACCUGAGAAUGAUUGUCCUGGCAGUCUAUACCAAUCCAGAAGAUCCUCAGACAGUUACAGAAUGUUACCACUUCAAAUUCAAGUACACCCACAAUGGGCCACUGCUGGAUUUCAGCAGUAAGAAUAAAAGGAAUGAUUCCACGAUCACCUGUGCAGACACCAGGAAAGCAAGUGUCCUCCUCAUUCGCAAGAUUUAUAUUCUGAUGCAAAACCUGAGUCCAUUACCAAAUGAUGUUUUCCUGACUAUGAAGCUGUUUUAUUACGAUGAAGUUACACCGUCUGAUUACCAACCUCCUGGUUUUAAGGAGGGUGAAUGUGAGGGGGUGAUAUUUGAGGGAGAGCCUAUGUAUCUGAAUGUGGGUGAAGUGCCAACACCUUUUCAUAUGCUGAAAGUUAAAGUUACAACUGAAAAACAACGAAUGGAAAAUGUUGAUAAAAGCAUCCUAAAGCAUAGAGAGACUAAUGUGCCUCUCCACGUGCUCAGAGUGGACAGAGAUGAUCCAGAAGAAGAGAACCAGGACAUGAAUGCUUCAGCAAUUGGAGGCAUAGAUUUCUGGGAACCAAAUUUAACAUGUGAAGAAGAUGAAGUUACAAAGGCUGGAGGGAACCAGAAUCUAUAUGUUUCUAAUCCGCAGGUUGAUCAUUUGGCAAGCAGGACGUCUGACCUUAAUGUCUCAGAGAGCAGGACAAGAAGUGGAAAGAUAUUUCAAACCAGCACUGUUCAUCAGUUUGAGCUCUCAUCUAGUCAAGAUGUGCUGCCAAAAAGGAGAAAGAUCAGUGAACCAAAGGAGCAGUUUUAG